UUCAUUCGACGGCGGACUUUAAGUCGAUUGGCAGUGUAUCAUUUCUGUACAGCUGAUGGAGAUGUUUGGGUUCACGCGCCGAUAUCAAGAAGAACUUUGACCAAAGAUAUUCCGCUUACUAUGUCCAUGAUAGAAAAGAUUACGCUGGUUUUGGGUUGCAAUGAUUCAAAGAUAACAAGUUAGCGAGCUUGUCUCCCCUCCUCUGAGUGAAAGCGACCGAACGAUGCCAAAUUAAGAGUCAACAACUUUUGAAUGUAGCUUCGAUGGAUUAAAGAAAUAUGCAGCAGUCUUUCCUAAACCCAAACUACUUAGAAGAAUCAAGGGUUUUGCCGGUUUUUUACUUUCGCAUCGAUCUGUUUCACUUCCUUCCUUUGGUAGACAAAAAUAGAUCGGGUGUCUAGUACAAUGAGCGGAUCGAUUGCCAACCAGCCGUUCUUGGAAGAACAAAAUGGUGUCAUACACACUGCUAAAGGAACUACGGACCGAAAGAGCGAAGGAAGGAAACAUCGCUGCAGUCUGUGCGAUAAGUGGUCUGCUUUGUGCAGUCGGUUUAUUCGCCUGUUACAACAUCUCGUUGGGUUUCUUGGAGAAAACAUUGCUGGGCACCCUGUGGCUUGCAUGGCGAUCUGCAUUUUCUUCGUUUUAUUCUGUGCUGUGGGAUUCCUGUGGCUGAAAACGGAAAGCAGAACUGAAAAACUCUUUAUUCCUCAAGAUAGUAGAGCCAUCAACGACUUAAACAGAGCUGAAAAGUUUUUUCGACUGAAGGUUCGUGUAGCGGGUGUAAUUUUGGUAGCCCAUGCAGAAAAUCCUAACAUUCUUGCGCCAGAAUGCCUGGCGGAGGCCCAAAACGUACACAGUCAAAUUAUAACAUUGAAGUCUUUUACAGAAUUUUGUUUGACUCUCUCUGGACAGAAAGCUAGAUCCUUGAAUGAUUGCGUGACUAUUGAUCCGUUUCAAAUUUUUCAAGACAGAAAUUUUAGCAACAAGUCGUUGAUACAAAUUCAAGCAGAAAUCAAUACAGCAUUCAACAAUACACGUUUACUAAUGCGAGACGGACAGCUUUUCUUGCGAAACUUUCCCCAGAUAUUCGGUGACGUGACAAAACAGACAAGCAAUCGUACGAUUACUGGCGCACGUGCAAUGCAGCUGAAAUAUCUGAUCAGAGACCCACCUGAGGAUGACAUCAACAAGAAAGUCCUGGAAUGGGAAAAGACCUUUCUUGACAAAGUGGCCUCUAUGUCUGCCUCCUGUUUUGAGAUUUACUACGAGGCAGAGAGAAGCACAGAUGACGCUAUUAAAGAAAACAGUAGUGCUGAUAUAACUCUGAUAUCGAUCACCUUUACUAUUAUGAUCUCAUUCGCCUGUUUCAUGCUUGGAAAAUUUGUUAAUCCGCUGACCGGUCACUCGAUACUCGCAAACGUAGGAGUUCUCGCAGUGGCGUUCGGUAUUUUGGCGGGAAUGGGUCUGGGCACCUGGUCUCGUGUGACGUACGUGAACAUGAUAGGCGUGGUGCCAUUCCUAGUGUUAAGUAUAGGCAUCGAUGAUAUGUUCAUUAUAGUGGAUGAGCUUGAUCGACAGCCACGUGAUAUGGGCGUGAUCAGGACUGUCAAGGAAGUAAUGUCGCGCACAGGAGCCACAGUUACUAUGACAACCAUGACUGACUUGGUUGCAUUUGCCGUGAGUACAUCAACUGCUUUUCCCGCCAUCAGAUACUUUUGCACUUACGCAGCCUUAGCCGUUACGCUCUCCUAUGCUAUGAUGAUAACCUUUUUCGUCGCCGCAAUGACGUUUGACAUCAGAAGAAUAAAAUCCGGCCGAAGAGACUGCCUGCCUGUAUGCACAGUACCACCCACGAAAGAUGGUCAACCCCACUGGGACGCACCGCGCCCUCAGACCUCGAACCGUUUACUAAAGGGUUGGGCAAAAUUUCUUAUGUUACCUGCAACGAAAUUUUUUGUGCUUGUCAUUUCUGUGGCAAUCCUUGCCUUGGGAAUUUAUGGAACGACCAAGGUGACUGAAAAUUUCGAUAGAAGAAUGCUGGCAAAAGAUGACUCUGCGCUUUUGAAAUUUCUGAACGUUCGAGAGAAAUAUUACGAACAAACCAUUCCUGUUAGUUUGGUCCUAACGGGUAACAUUGAUUACAGCGAUCCUGAUGUCCAAGACGAGAUCAGGCAGCUGUCGAAAAUUGUUAAGGACAAUUGCUAUUACCGAACUCAGGCUGUGUCUUGGAUUGAAGUUUUUACGAAUUUCUCUGCUGCGAGUGGGAUGAACAUUACUGGACCACAUUUUAUGCCUGCCCUAAAACUGUUCCUUGAAAGUCCUGAAUGUUUAUCUUUCAAACAAGAUGUGAAACUGUCGUCCAACGGAAGUCGCGUCAUUGCGUCUCGUGUCAUGGCUUUCUUGAAGAACAACCCAAGCUCUACCUUUCAGAAGGACGCCAUGUUGACAAUUCGUGAGGAUCUUGCCAAGAAAUCUCCACUCGACGUGAUACCGAUCACCCGUCCAUUCAUCUUUUUCGAACAGUAUGCCAUCAUUGGAAGAGAGACCACAAGGAACCUCAUCAUAGCAGCCCUGGCUGUGCUGGUGGUAACAUCUUUGUUCCUGGUCAAUUUCACCGUAACACUUCUGGUGGUGGUGAAUUUUGUGGCUCUGGUCCUCGAGCUGUUUGCGUUGAUGUUCAUCUGGGACGUGUCUUUGAAUGGCGUCUCGAUGAUCACUCUUGUCAUGGCCAUUGGUUUUGCCGUGGACUACAGUGCGCAUAUUGCGCAUGCGUUUGUGAUGUCUGAGGAAGACACACCUAACAGGAGAGUCAUUGACGCUGUUAGCACGCUUGGUGCCAGUGUCUUCAUGGGAGGUUUCAGUACCUUUCUUGGGAUGCUGGUGCUAGUCUUUGCCACUUCGGAGAUCUAUCGUAUUUUUUUCCGCAUGUUUGUGGGAAUUGUUUCGUUCGGACUUCUCCACGGCUUAUGUAUAUUACCCGUUCAACUGUCCCUGUUAUGUUGGAAACCAGUUGUGACUCAGAGAGACCCAACGCAUCUGUUAAUAAGGGAAACAAAUGUUUGAUCCAAGAGGGAGGGGAUGAGGUGGGGUUUUGAACCCUUUAACUCCCAGAUCAAAUUUCUAAUUCUCCUUACUGUUAACCUACAAUUCUCAUAAUGUUAGUUCAGAGAAUUUGAUAUUGGAUCAACUAA